GAUCGGGGAGAUCGAUCUGGCUGCCCAGAGCGCGCCGCUGUGGGCCGAGUGCCCGCGUUUUGCUGGACGUCGGCUCGAGCUCGGGGAGAGGCUGCGGGUCGCGCCGGCCUGGUGGGGAGCCCAGCCCCGCAUCACCGCGAAGACGGGGUGGAUCACUAAG